ACGACGAGCAACCGAGCACUUCCCCUUUCCCUCCAUACAUACCUUACUUGUUGUCCUGCGAAUCGAAGUGAAGUCGACGACUGUCUCACUUUCAUCCCUGUCCGCUGUCCGCUGUCGUGAAUCCUGGUCGAUAUCGAGCAAAAGCAUGUCGAUAGCAGGUCCACGGGGAGCUGGCCCACCCAACAAACGAGGCCCGUCAGUUCUCGUCACCGACUCACGCGAACGCGCCGACAAUAAUCGCCCGCAACCGCGACCGCAGCCGCAGCGAACAGGAACGCGCAUCAUCUCCGUCGACAACGUGCUGCAGUAUGCUUCCGAGAUUCCCUCCGCACAACGACGAUUACCGCCCGGACAGCGUCCCGCACACCAUGCGCGAACCCCUUCAGGACGACAUCCCCUCGACCCGAAGCUGAGUGGAAAGGGCAUCCCCUUGAGCGGCGCGCAUAUUCCCGCGCGAAGCAGCAAAACGAGUGAGAAGCUGGUGCUGUUACCGGAAACAACAGAAGAAGACCAGGACGAACAUUUUAGCGAAGAGGAUGACAGCGCGCCGCCAAAGGACGACGAGCUACGGCGGAGGAGACAGGCUGCUCGAGGGGGAAAGAGUGAAGCAGAACGUCUUCCCAAGUCGCAGAGAAUUGCGGACCCGCAGCUGGCUCGCGUGACGGCAUACUGUACGGCGCAAAGCUUCAAGCUGAAGAGUACCGCCAUGUUUGUCCGAGACCAGCAUGCAGCCAAGACGAAGCUAUACGACGACUGUCUGUAUUGUGUAUACCAACUGCCCCUCCUGGGCGGGAGUGAUGGCUAUCGCGUCAGGAGCAGUCCGGUAGUCAAGCACCCUGGCGGCAGAAGUGUGCUGGAUGAGCAGAUCGAGGCCAACGAGAGGCGUCAGUAUCGGGAAGGAUGGGGUGAGGAGAGUGAGGAGUACUCCGUACGGGGCAGCAGCUCUCCAUACCAUGCCAACUCGCCACCAGACGAGGAAAUGCACAUGGCAAACCAUGAUAAGCAACAGAAUGGCACACGUGAAGAAGACGGUGGCUGGGAGCAGGAGCGUGAAGCGGGACGCAGAGAGUCCAGCGAUUCGAACUCUGCUUUCAGCUUCCCAUCGCCACAUUCUGGCAUCAAUCCAAACGCACAUACCGUAGCCGAGCUUUUCAUCUUCAGCUAUGGUGUCGCAGUGCUAUGGAACUUUACCCAAAACCAGGAACGAGACUUGCUUGCGGAUUUGACCUUUUCGACCGUAGCGGCCAUGCCAUCAUCCGCGCGGCAUAGCAUUCCUCAGCAAAUAUCUGCCAAGAGUGCAGCCCUCGCACCUCCUUCUGCACUACCUCUAAUGACACGACCUCUGGAUGAGAGCGAUUUCGAGACUGAAGAGUUCCACUUCCAGUACGAUCGGGAAGCUGACAAGCCACGAAUAUACAACGACAUGAUCACUCUUCGCACGAGUGAUCAUAUGAUCAAGCUCGCAAUGUCUCACGGCAUCGGGCAAUCGACCAAACUUUCAUUUUUCGAAGAGCGCAUGCAGCGCACCAUGGAAUCGGCACAGUAUGUUCCACGCCGCCUCGCUCUGGAAGGACGAUUAGGCAUGGACCGAAAAGAGAUUGUCAGUCUCGUGGGAAAGUUGUUCGAAGGAAGAGUUGAUGUCAAUCUUUCAUCGAAUAUGCUCGACACGCCUAACUUCUUCUGGGACGCGGAACCGACUUUGCAUCCUCUCUACGCCGCCGUCCGUGAAUACCUGGAAAUCAAACCUCGAAUCCAGGUUCUCAACGAACGAUGCCGAGUCUUCUUGGACUUGGCGGAAAUUUUAUCAGACAGCAUUGCCGAUGUGAAGAUGACCAGAAUCACGUGGAUCAUCAUUGUGCUCAUCAUAUUGUCCAUUCUGGUGACGUGCACCGAAGUCUUUCUUCGCUUUGCAAUCUUGGCUGCGAAUGGAGGUGGCAAAGAAAAGGAUGGUGCUGCGGGGGCGAUGCACGUCCUCAAGGGCGUGGGAGUGCUCAACGGCAUUCGAAGGUGGAGUGUGGAGUUGUAAUGAGAAUGGAACCGACGUGGGCUGUACACAUACUGUAUCAAAUAUGUAAUGGUCGUUCCUCGUGAGCAAGCGUGCACGCAUUUCCAUGUGUUGUUCCGUUUCUUCAUUUCAAGUCACGCUGCUUGCGCCCAUAUUUCAAGACAACAGCAGAUGAGAUGCUACAUAUACCUAUGUAUUGACUAAGAUAUCACAUUAAGAUGUUACAUAUGUUCUCCAAACAGAGUAUCGUAACAACAUAUUCCCACCAAUACUCGACGACGGACUCUACCACCGCCAGGCCUGCCAGCAAGCACAACUUAUAAGAUAGAAUAAAGCAAGUCACUCCCCCUUCCCCUCCUUCUCCCUCGCCAACCCCAUCGCUCGAUCAAUCCCACUCACCACCCUCAUCCACUCCUGCACGCCCCUCGGCAAGAUACAAUUCCAUUCAAUCCACCUUGCAUAAAACGGAAAACUUAUCUCUCCACUUUCGCCCGCGUCAAUUUUGGAAAUAAUCUCUCGAGCUAAUUCUACUGUUUCGACGACGGGUCCGAAGAAAUUCGAGGGCGUUUGCAGGGUGGAGAAGAGGCGUGUGGAGAGUUGUCCUGGAGUGACGAGGAUGGUGC